AUGAAAUCCAUUGGUGAAAUUUGGACAUGGGGUGCUAACUCGCAUGGCCAAUUAGGUCUCGAUAUAACUAGUGAACAAAUAGAAAAGCCUACAAAAGUAGUAACCGAAUUUUCUGAUGCUAUUAAGCAUAUUGCUUGUGGUGGUGCCCAUUCUCUCUUAUUAGAUUGCCAGGGAAAACUUUUUUCAUGCGGUUGGAAUUCCAAAGGACAACUGGGGCAUAAAAAAGACAUAUAUACGUUUAGUCGUAUUUGGGAAUUGAGUGGGAUAAAUUUUAUAAAUAUAUCAUGCGGAUGGGACUUUAGUUGUGCUGUUACAGAUGAUAAUUUUUUAUUUGUCUGGGGCUCUAAUAGUCAUGGUCAGCUAGGUUUACCAAAAAAACAUUUUGGAGAUACCAUUGCACCAUUUAGACUUCAAGUAAAUGUCUGUUCCAUUUCAAUGGGGCUAAGGCAUACGGCAAUGAUUAACUCAAAAGGAGAGGUGUGGGCAACUGGUUGCGGCAGACAUGGUCAGCUUGGCUUGGGUGAAGAUAUCACUAGUUCAGAUAGAUUUCAAAGAAUACCUAAACUAACUAAAAUAUCACAUAUUGCUUGUGGACAAAAUCAUACUGUUGGGUGGAGUUCUGAGGAAAAAGCUUUGUAUGUUUGGGGUGAGAAUAAACAUGGUCAGUUGUUGCUCAAUUCUCAGGAAUAUAGAAAAAUAUUUGUACCACAAAAAAUUGAUAUUAAUGUAAAGAAAGAUGUUAAAAAGCUACUAAGUGGUUGGACUAAUGUCUUACUAUGGUUACAAGAUGGAUCAUUAUUGACAUGGGGAAGAAAUAAUAAAGCACAACUUGGGACAGGUGCCCCAUUUACUGGAAAGAUAAUUAAUAUAAAACUACCAGAUAAUAGAUACGUAGAAGAUGUUGCAUUGGGAUCUGAACAUACUAUAUGUUUGGCAACAGAUAAAACACUCUGGGCUUGGGGAUGGAAUGAACACGCAAAUACCGGGUUGCCCUGCACAGCAGAAGUUAUAAGUUGUCCCACUCAAGUCAAAAUUGAAACUAAUUCAACGAUAAAUUGGAUAUUUGCUGGAGGAGCUCACAACUUUGUUGUUACAGACAGUAAUAAAGAGAGUGGUUGUAAUGAUAUAGAUAAAUAGAUAGUAUAUAUGGAUAUGUAAAUAACACAAAUAAAAUAUUUGUACAUUUGAUUGGA